CACUUUAAGAUGUUUGUUUGUGAAAAAGCUACACGAGUUUCAACAACUAGUUGUGUUUCUGGAACCUAAAAGUAGCAGAUUUCUGAAUGGAGUCUGGUGCAUGAUCAUGACGAUUCUUGGAGAAAUAAGAGAUGAAGAUGAUGAUGAAAUUCUUCCCAGGAAAGACUAUGAGAGCUUGGAUUAUGACCGCUGCAUCAACGAGCCCUACGUGGAGGUUCUGGAGAGUUUGGACAACAAGAAAGCCAGGAAGUACGAGGCGGUGCGGUGGAUGAUGGUGUUUGUGAUCGGCGUCACCGUCGGUCUGGUCGGCCUGUUUGUGGACUUCUUUGUGCACCUCUUCACUAAAAUCAAGUUCUCCCUGGUUGGUGAUUCGAUACAGAAGUGCACCGAUAAAGGCUGCCUGUCUUUGUCUCUGCUGGAGCUGCUGUGCUUCAACAUGACCUUCGUCUUUAUCGCCAGCGUCCUCGUCCUCAUCGAGCCCGUCGCUGCAGGUUCUGGUAUUCCAGAAAUCAAGAGUUACCUGAACGGAGUGAAGAUUCCUGGAAUCGUUCGGCUGAGAACGUUCCUUUGCAAAGCUGCUGGAGUUCUGUUCAGCGUGGCUGGAGGUCUGUUUGUGGGGAAAGAAGGUCCGAUGAUCCACAGUGGAGCCAUCGUUGGAGCUGGACUUCCUCAGUUUCAGAGCAUCUCUUUCAGGAGGAUAAAGUUUGACUUUCCUUACUUCCGCAGCGACAGGGACAAACGGGACUUUGUGUCGGCGGGAGCCGCUGCAGGCGUGGCCGCGGCCUUCGGCGCGCCGAUCGGGGGGACCCUGUUCAGCCUGGAGGAGGGCUCGUCCUUCUGGAACCAGGCCCUGACCUGGAAAGUGCUCUUCUGCUCCAUGUCGGCCACUUUUACUCUGAACUUCUUUCGCUCCGGGAUCAACUUCAACAAGUGGGGGUCCUUCCAGCUGCCCGGCCUGCUCAACUUCGGAGAGUUUAAGUGUCCAGACGGAGACAAGACGUGCCACCUGUGGACAGUGGUGGACCUGGCCUUCUUCGUCCUGAUGGGUCUGGUUGGCGGCCUUCUGGGGGCGCUCUUCAACUGCAUGAACAAAUGUCUGGCCAAGUACCGCAUGAGACACGUCCACCCCAAGGCCCGCUUCUUCAGAGUCCUGGAGAGUCUGCUGGUUUCCAUGGUGACCACAGUCGUCAUCUUUGGAGCUUCCAUUCUGUUGGGCGAAUGUCGGGACCUGUCCUCCACUACCCAUAAUGCAACACUGGCGGACAGCGAGGACAUCAACUCGACGGUGCGUCAGUUCUUCUGUUCCAACAGGACGUACAACGACAUGGCCACUCUGUUCUUCAACCCACAGGAAGCUGCCAUCCAUCAGCUCUUCCAUCAGGACGGAACCUUCAGUCCGGUCACCCUGUCGCUCUUCUUCCUGCUCUACUUCCUGUUGGCCUGCUGGACGUACGGAGUCUCYGUUCCCAGCGGGCUCUUCGUCCCGUCGCUCCUCUGCGGCGCUGCAUUCGGUCGUCUCGUCGCAAACAUCCUCAAAGUGAAACUGGGGAUGGCCAUUUACUCCGGGACCUUUGCUCUGAUUGGAGCUGCCGCCUUCCUCGGGGGCGUGGUCCGGAUGACCAUCAGCCUCACCGUCAUCCUCAUCGAGUCCACCAAUGAGAUCACGUACGGGCUGCCCAUCAUGAUCACCCUGAUGGUUGCGAAGUGGACCGGAGAUUUUUUCAACAAAGGCAUCUACGACAUCCACAUCCAGCUGAAAGGAGUUCCUCUGCUGGAGUGGGAAACAGAGGUUGAAAUGGACAAGCUGACAGCCAGCGACAUCAUGGAGCCCAACCUGACCUACGUGUACCCCCACACCCGGGUCCAGUCCCUGGUCAGCAUCCUCCGGACCACCGUCUACCAYGCCUUCCCCGUGGUCACGGAGAACCGGCAGAACGAGCGCGACUUCAUGAAGGGGAACAUCUUGAUCAGCAACAACAUCCGCUUCAAGAAGUCCAACGUGGUGUCCCGCGCGGGGGAGCAGCGGCGCCGGUGCCAGUCCAUGAAGUCGUACCCGUCCAGCGAGCUGAGGAACGUCUGUGACGAGCAGAACGCGGCGGUGGAACCGGCGGAGGAGGGGGAGGACCUGCUGCAGCAGAUGCUGGAGAGAAGACAUGCCCCCUACCCAAACCUGUACCCGGACCAGUCUCCCAGUGAGGAGUGGACCAUGGAGGAGCGCUUCAGACCCCUGACCUUCCACGGUCUGAUCCUGCGCUCCCAGUUGGUCAACCUGCUGAUCCGGGGGGUCUGCUACUCUGAGACCCAGUCGAACGCCACCCAGCCCCGCCUGUCCUACGCAGAGAUGACCGAGGACUACCCGCGGUACCCGGACAUCCACGAGGUGGACCUGACCCUGCUGAACCCCCUCAUGAUCGUGGAUGUGACCCCCUACAUGAACACAAGUCCCUACACCGUGUCCCCCAACACCCGGAUCUCUCAGGUCUUCAACCUGUUCAGGACCAUGGGUCUGCGGCACCUCCCCGUGGUCAACGCUGUUGGAGAGAUUGUUGGGAUUAUCACCCGACAUAAUUUAACCCACGAGUUCCUGGUGGCCAAACUGCGACAGCAUUACAUCACCAUCUGAGCUGGUCCUGGAAUUAGGGUCCCAAUGCUGCUCAGACCGGUCCUUCAGCUUCGGAUCUCUUAAAGCAUCGAGGUCAUUUGUGAACCCUACACCCCUUCAGGUGCUUCUGGACCAGGAGGACUUUAUUUAAAGUUUCUGAACCGUUUAAAGACUGUUCCUGCGCUGCAGGACCUGGUUGGAGUUUGUAGAACUGGUUUCAUAGUUUCAGUUUAUUGUCAGUUAAACCACCUCACUGUGCAGGUACUGGUCCUGAUACUGGUCCACUACAUGUACAGGGAUUAUUUUAACAGAUGAGAGCAGCAGCUGAGUCUUGUUUUUUAAAAUAAUGUGUAAAUAUUGGUUGAAAUCAGGGGCGGAGCUAGAGGGGUGGUCAGGGAGGCACCUGAUUGGCCACCCCACGUGCCACCCCCAAAUAAUUAACAUUGAAUCUUGUAUUUGAAUUCAGAUUUUUUUAAAGAUUGUUCUGAUGCUG